AUGAGUCCAAAGCCGCAUGUGGGGAUUAUUGGCGCCGGCCUGUCGGGUCUGCGGUGUGCCGAUGUCCUCGUGCAGAACGGGGCCCAGGUUACCAUACUAGAAGCGCGAGAUCGUCUUGGAGGCCGGGUCCACCAAGCUGAGCUGGAAGGCCGUCUAGUGGAUCUAGGCCCUAAUUGGAUCCAUGGAGCUCCUUUCUCGCGCGACGGAGAGCCCGUCAGCGAAUACAACACGGGUUUGAUCUCAGAGGCUGUCUGGACUACUAUCGACAAAGCAUUUGAGUAUAGUAAUAAGAACAAGCAUACAAUUCCGCCCGAACGGAGUCUAUACGACUUUUUCAAAGAGACCGUCAAGGAAACAAGUCUCUCGCCGGAAGAGGAACAGCUCCUCCUUGAUGCAUGCAAGCUCUGGGGAGCAUAUGUCGGGGAACCCAUUGAACGGCAGAGUCUCAAGUUCUUCCAUCUGGAAGAAUGCAUCGAUGGCAACAACUUCUUCGUCGCAUCAACCUACAAACGGAUCCUAGAAUACGUCGCCAAAGCAGCGCAAUCCGACGCCACCAUCAAACUCAACCAAAAAGUCGUCAAGAUCGACACAUCCAACGACCAAAUCUCCAUCACCACCUCCGCAGGCGAAACCCACACCUUCGACGAAGUAGUCGUCACCUGCCCCCUCGGCUGGCUAAAGAACAACCUCUCAGCAUUCACCCCGGCCCUUCCGGCCCCGCUAACCUCCGCCAUAAAGAGCAUUUCCUACGGCCGCCUCGAGAAAGUCUUCGUCCGCUUCCCCCGCGCCUUCUGGCAGCCCGACACAGGCACCGCAAAGCCGUUCUUCGCCCAGUUCCUGGAACCAAACUACGUAGAGCACCCGGCGGGCGUCGAAUGGAACCAGGAAUGCAUGUCGCUGGCCUCGCUCCCCGAGGACUGCGCCCAGCCAACCCUCCUCUUCUACACCUACGGGCCCUCGGGUGCGCACAUCGUCUCCCGCAUCGCGGACCUGGAUCCUGCGUCGCAGGAAUACAGGGACACGCUGAUCGGGUUCUUGGAGCCUUUCUACGCCCGGUUGCCGGGCUACAAUGCCCUUUCGAAGGAUUGCGUGCCCAGCGCUAUCCUGGCGACGAAGUGGCAGACGGAUGAAUUGGGCGGGUACGGGUCCUACAGUAAUUUCCAGGUCGGGCUGGAGCAAGGGGGAAAAGAUAUCGAGGUGAUGCGGGCCGGGGUGGCGGAGAAAGGGUUGUGGUUUGCGGGGGGAACAUACCUCGCCAUUUGUGGCACUGGGGACGACGACGGGGGCAUAUUGGAGUGGUGA